AUGAGGGCAAGAGUGAGGAGGGUUGUUGGAGGUCUUGAUCCCUAUUUGUGGUCGGGCUCCCAGUCUCAGUCCAGUGUGACUCAGAGUAACUUCACCAAUCCGAUUUGUGCUAAGUGUGGGAAGAGGCAUCCUGGGGAGUGCUGCUCUGGAUCAAAUAUUUGCUAUGGGUGUGGCCAGCCAGGCCAUAUUCAGCGAAAUUGCCCUUCAGUCAGACAGGGCACAGGAGGUAAUCAGACUCAGUCAGUAAAUUCAUCAGUUCCUCAUAAUAACCAGACUCAGGCAGGACGUGUACCAGCUAGAUCCGGCAACACAAGCGGUGGCCCAAACCGUUUGUAUGCUUUGAUCGGGUGCCAGGAUAUCGAUAACCGUACUGAUGUUGUCACAGGUAUACUCACCGUUUUCAGUUUCGAUGUUUAUGCUCUCAUGGACCCUGGAUCCACCCUAUCCUAUGUCACCCCUUAUGUUGCUAGGAAAUUUGGUAUUGCACCUGAAAAGCUAAAAGAACCUUUCGAAGUGUCAACUCCAGUUGGUUUUACACCAUCAACUCCAUGUUUGACGUCUGGUAUAUCAUGUGCAACAGUAGGCAAAUUAAGAGUUUCCAACUCAUGA